AUGGCGCGCAAGAAGACGUCGACGUCGACGUCCACAUCCAAGACGAAGCGCGCGACGCGCAUUGACAAGGAUGUCAAGACGACUCUCAUGCACAGCCGGGUGCUGUCCUUCCUGUACGAUCUCAUGUGGAGCUACCGCUAUUUCCCGCAACUCGCCUGCUGCUUGCUGCUCGUCGAGGCCUGCGUCGGCUACCUCAUCAUCCAGAAAGUGCCGUACACAGAGAUCGACUGGUCCACGUACAUGCAGCAAGUGGAGCUGUUCAAGGCCGGAGAGCGCGACUACAUGCAGAUCCGGGGCGACACAGGCCCGCUUGUCUAUCCUGCUGGCUUCCUGUACGUAUUCUCCUUCUUGCACUCAAUCACGGACAACGGGCAGAACAUCCAACGUGCUCAGUAUAUUUUCCUGGGCUUCUAUCUCAUCAUGAUCGCUACGGUACUGGCAAUUUACUACCGCGCUCGAGUUCUACCGCCCUGGGCCACCGUGUUCUUGUGCACCUCGAAACGCCUACACUCGAUCUUUAUGCUGCGUAUGUUCAAUGACGGCGUGGCGAUGAUGCUCCUGUUCAUUGCAGUGUACCUAUUCGCUCGCCAACGGUGGCGUUGGGGCUGCGUCUUCUUCAGCCUCGCUGUGUCCAUCAAGAUGAACGUGUUGCUAUUCGCCCCAGCGCUUUUCUUCCUGCUACUACAGUCGUGUGGUAUUCUACGUACCGCGUGGUAUUUGGUCAUCUGCGCUGCGAUCCAAGUAGCGCUAGCCUAUCCGUUCCUAAAGCACAAUUGGUGGAACUACAUGAACAAAGCCUUCGAGCUCAGUCGCGUCUUCACGUUCAAGUGGACAGUGAACUGGCGCUUCCUGGAUGAAGAAACGUUUGUAUCGGGUGGAUUCGCGAUCAUCUUGUUGCUAGGCCACUUGUUCUUCAUGGUAUUGUUUCUGGACAAGCACUUUAACAUUAUCGGCACGAUCCGCGCUGUGAUGAUGAAGCCAUUCGCGAUCUACGAGCCGUUUCCGAUCCAAAGCGAGAUCGUCGUGACGUCGCUAUUCGUCAUGAACUUCGCCGGUAUCGUCUUCUCUCGUACACUGCACUAUCAGUUCUACUCAUGGUACUAUCCGACACUACCGUAUCUGCUUUGGUGCUCGGACUUACCUCUGCUACUCAAGAUGGCAGCUCUACUGAACAACGAGUACGCCUUUAACACGUUCCCGUCGACCACAAUGAGCUCGCUUAUGCUGCAGCUCACCAACACUUUCCUACUGAUCACACUAUACCUGAAUCAGAAGAACAACUCGUUCAUACCGUAUCUGGACGCCGAGGCCCGCACGAACCUUAUCGCCUUUGUGAACGAAGAGUGCUUUGAUGGUGCGCGACAGCUAGUGCUCUACUACGGUAGUGUGACGGAAGAUCUGGCUGAAGGUGCCACGGUGUCGUCUAUUGACGAGCACGAGGUAGUGUUGUCGUUGCCCAAGAUGAAGCUGACGCUCGCUGUGGGCUUUGGUAGCAGCGGUCCUGUGACGGGUGAGGGCUAUGGUCGUCAAGUGCUCAAGGACAUGCUCAAGGAGGCAGGUGAAGGUGUUAAGGCGGGAGAUACGAUGGGCAAGCUCAUCAACCGUGAGUACAUCAAGGACAAGGAGCUCAAGAACCUCGUGGGCUCUCUUGAUGAGGAGCAUGACAGCAAGACUUCGCUACGUCAGCGUACGACCACCAAGACGCGGUAG